UGAAGAUAACAGAGCAAAGCACUGAGGAAUGAGGGAAAAGUGGGGUGCAACAUUAGACAGGGUGAGCAGUUGGAGACUCCUUAAAUUCUCAAAACAUGUACCUAAGUCAUUUAUGCUGAGAGAUUCAUAAAUAAUAAGUUGAUUUUUGAAAAAGAGAGCCCCAUAUGUUCAAUAAUCAGUAGACUACUGAUUUCUCCUAGUCUAACUAUUUGUAAUUUCCCCAAUGGUAGAUAGAACUUUGCUUCAUUUCUUGAUUCUAACAAUUGGAAAACAUGUUUCUUUAGAAGACCAUGAAAUUUUACUAAAAUGUUUAUGUUGUUAGAAAUAUACUUGGACAUCUUACAGUGCUUUUUAGAGGAAAAUUUUGUAAGAACAAAACUUAUACAGAGAUUCUUGCUGUCUAAGUAAUCCAGUGCUCCUUGAAGCAGCAUGAUAAAUGUCUGUUCUACUACUAUGCAUUAAAACUCAUUGAUUGACUACUCAAGAUUUCUCUUAUUUUUCAUAAUUCUUGCUAGUUAAAGUAGCUUCUUCCAAAUUCCAGUUCUAACGAAAACGCCAAUUAGAAAUGAGGGAGAGACUGUUCUAAACAAAUCAGUAGAUGCUAGAAAGGAGUAACAACUUGAAACCUGACCCAGAACGUAAAAAGAGAAAAUUAAUCAUCAACAGACACAGCCAUUUUCAAAAGCAAAGCAAUCUGAAUCCAUUUGGAGUUUUUUAUAAUGGCCUGACUACGUUUCAAUUCACUGUGAUAGGGCUAUUGUUAUCACAGAGAUUGAUGAUCAGUAUCAAUAAGUAAUCAGUGGAAGGUUUCACCUAUUUAAGAUUAUUAGCACACAUAUAUGCAUUUGAGAAAUAUUUCCCAAGAACGUAGGCUCCUUCCUCAGCACUGCGUCCCCAGGAUCCUGAUGAGUGGCUGACACAGGACAAGUGCUCAAUUAAUAAAUAUUGACUAAAUGAAUGAGAAACCCAUCAAAAUGGUUAUUUUUCUUCUUCAGAUGUUUUGCUACUUCAUUAAAGUUGUAACGUUUCUAUUGUCCAGGAACCGUUACUAUCUGGAAGAUUCAGGAUAGAAAAAUCUCUUUUGUACUUUCCAAUACACUUUCAUUGACAUCUCAUUUAAUCCAACUCUUCAAAGUCCUAAUGUCCACUGUCACCUCCUUAGCAUAUUUUCAGCAACAACAAUCAUAGCACCCUGUAAUUGCAGAAUACCUCUGGGGAAACUCCUGAAUGACACUUAGGGCUUUUGUCUUUUUUCCAGAAAUCUUUUGUCCAAGUCCUCCAGUUAUUCCUAAUGGGAGACACACAGGAAAACCUCUGGAAGUCUUUCCCUUUGGAAAAGCUGUAACUUACACAUGUGACCCCCACCCAGACAGAGGGAUGACCUUCGACCUCAUUGGGGAGAGCACCAUCCGCUGCACAAGUGACCCUCAAGGGAAUGGGGUUUGGAGCAGCCCUGCCCCUCGCUGUGGAAUUCUGGGUCACUGUAAAGCCCCGGAUCAUUUUCCGUUUGCUAAGUUGAAAACCCAAACCAAUGCAUCUGACUUUCCCAUUGGGACAUCUUUAAAGUACGAAUGCCAUCCUGAGUACUACGGGAGGCCGUUCUCUAUCACAUGUCUAGAUAACCUGGUGUGGUCGAGUCCCAAAGAUGUCUGUAAACGUAAAUCAUGUAAAACUCCUCCAGAUCCAGUGAAUGGCAUGGUGCACGUGAUCACAGACAUCCAGGUUGGAUCCAGAAUCAACUAUUCUUGUACUACAGGGCACCGACUCAUUGGUCACUCAUCUGCUGAAUGUAUCAUCUCAGGCAAUACAGCCUAUUGGAGCACAAAGCCGCCAAUUUGUCAGCGAAUUCCUUGUGGGCUACCCCCAGCCAUCGCUAAUGGAGAUUUCAUUAGCACCAACAGAGAGUAUUUUCACUACGGAUCUGUGGUGACCUACCGCUGCAAUCUUGGAAGCGGAAGGAAAAAGCUGUUUGAGCUCGUGGGUGAGCCUUCCAUAUACUGCACCAGCAAAGAUGACCAAGUGGGCAUCUGGAGCGGCCCGGCCCCUCAGUGCAUUAUACCUAACAAAUGUAUGCCUCCAAAUGUGGAAAAUGGAAUAUUGGUAUCUGUCAACAGAAGCUUAUUUUCCUUAAAUGAAGUUGUGGAGUUUAGGUGUCAGCCUGGCUUUGUCAUGAAAGGACCCCGCCGUGUGCAAUGCCAGGCCCUGAACAAAUGGGAGCCAGAGUUACCAAGCUGCUCCAGGGUGUGUCAGCCACCUCCAGAAAUCCUGCAUGGUGAGCAUACCCCAAGUCAUCAGGACAAAUUUUCACCUGGGCAGGAAGUGUUCUACAGCUGUGAGCCCGGCUAUGACCUCAGAGGGGCUGCGUCUCUGCACUGCACGCCCCAGGGAGACUGGAGCCCUGAAGCCCCCAGAUGUGCAGUGAAAUCCUGUGAUGACUUCUUGGGUCAACUCCAUCAUGGCCGUGUGCUAGUUCCAUUCAAUCUCCAGCUUGGGGCAAAGGUGUCCUUUGUCUGUGAUGAAGGGUUUCGCUUAAAGGGCAGUUCCGUUAGUCAUUGUGUCUUGGUUGGAAUGAGAAGCCUUUGGAAUAACAGUGUUCCUGUGUGUGAACAUAUCUUUUGUCCAAAUCCUCCAGCUAUCCUUAAUGGGAGACACACAGGAGCUCUCCUUGGAGAUAUUCCCUAUGGAAAAGAAAUAUCUUACACAUGUGACCCCCACCCAGACAGAGGGAUGACCUUCAACCUCAUUGGGGAGAGCACCAUCCGCUGCACAAGUGACCUUCAAGGGAAUGGGGUUUGGAGCAGCCCCGCCCCUCGCUGUGAACUUUCUGUUCGUGCUGGUCACUGUAAAACCCCACAGCAGUUUCCAUUUGCCAGUCCUACAAUCCCAAUUAAUGACUUUGAGUUUCCAGUCGGGACAUCUUUGAAUUAUGAAUGCCAUCCUGGGUAUUUUGGGGGAAUGUUCUCUAUCUCCUGCCUAGAAAACUUGGUCUGGUCAAGUGUUGAAGACAACUGUAGACGAAAAUCAUGUGGAACUCCUCCAGAACCCUUCAAUGGAAUGGUGCAUAUAAACACAGAUACCCAGUUUGGAUCAACAGUUAAUUAUUCUUGUAAUGAAGGGUUUCGACUCAUUGGUUCCCCAUCUACUACUUGUCUCGUCUCAGGCAAUAAUGUCACGUGGGAUAAGGAGGCACCUAUUUGUGAGAUCAUAUCUUGUAAGCCACCUCCAACCAUAUCCAAUGGAGACUUCUACAGCAACAACAGAACAUCUUUUCACAGUGGAACAGUGGUAACUUACCAGUGCCACACUGGACCAGAUGGAGAACAGCUGUUUGAGCUCGUGGGAGAACGGUCAAUAUAUUGCACCAGCAAAGAUGAUCAAGUUGGUGUUUGGAGCAGCCCUCCCCCUCAAUGUAUUUCUACUAAUAAAUGCACAGCUCCAGAAGUUAAAAACGGAAUUAGAGUACCAGGAAAUAGGAGUUUCUUUUCCCUCAAUGAGAUCGUGAGAUUUAGAUGUCAGCCCGGCUUUGUCAUGGUAGGGUCCCACACUGUGCAGUGCCAGACCAACAACAGAUGGGGGCCCAAGCUGCCACACUGCUCCAGGGUGUGUCAGCCGCCUCCAGAAAUCCUGCAUGGUGAGCAUACUCCAAGCCAUCAGGACAACUUUUCACCUGGGCAGGAAGUGUUCUACAGCUGUGAGCCCGGCUAUGACCUCAGAGGGGCUGCGUCUCUGCAUUGCACGCCCCAGGGAGACUGGAGCCCUGAAGCCCCCACAUGUACAGUGAAAUACUGUGAUGAAUUCCUGGGCCAACUCCCUCAUGGCCAUGUGCUGUUUCCACUCAAUCUCCAGCUUGGAGCAAAGGUGUCCUUUGUUUGCGAUGAAGGGUUCCGAUUAAAAGGCAGGUCUGCUAGUCAUUGUGUCUUGGCUGGAAUGAAAGCCCUUUGGAAUAGCAGUGUUCCAGUGUGUGAACAAAUCUUUUGCCCAAAUCCUCCAGCUAUCCUUAAUGGGAGACACACAGGAGCUCCCCUUGGAGAUAUUCCCUAUGGAAAAGAAAUAUCUUACACAUGCGACCCCCACCCAGACAGAGGGAUGACCUUCAACCUCAUUGGGGAGAGCACCAUCCGCUGCACAAGUGACCCUCAAGGGAAUGGGGUUUGGAGCAGCCCCGCCCCUCGCUGUGAACUUUCUGUUCCUGCUGCCUGCCCACAUCCACCCAAGAUCCAGAACGGGCAUUACAUUGGAGGACACGUAUCUCUAUAUCUUCCUGGGAUGACAAUCAGCUACAUUUGUGACCCCGGCUACCUGUUAGUGGGAAAGGGCAUCAUUUUCUGUACAGACCAGGGAAUCUGGAGCCAAUUGGAUCAUUAUUGCAAAGAGGUAAAUUGUAGCUUCCCACAGUUUAUGAAUGGAAUCUCGAAGGAGUUAGAAAUGAAAAAAGUGUAUCACUAUGGAGAUUAUGUGACUUUGGAGUGUGAAGAUGGGUAUGCGCUGGAAGGCAGUCCCUGGAGCCAGUGCCAGGCGGAUGACAGAUGGGACCCUCCUCUGGCCAUAUGUACCUCUCGUGCACGUGAUGCUCUAAUAGUUGGCACUUUAUCUGGUAUGAUCUUCGUUAUUUUAUUCAUCAUUUUCCUCUCUUGGAUAAUUCUAAAGUACAGAAAAGGCAAUAAUGCACAUGAAAAACCUAAAGAAGUGGCUAUCCAUAUACAUUCUCCAGGAGGCAGCAGCGUUCAUCCCCAAACUCUGCAAACAAAUGAAGAAAAUAGCAGUGUCCUUCCUUGACAAAGUACUAUACAGCUGAAGAACAUCUCGAGGUACAAUUUUGGUUGGAAAGGAGCCAAUUGAUUUCAACAGAAUCAGAUCUGAGCUUCAUAAAGUCUUUGAAGUGACUUCACAGAGAUGCAGACACGUGCACUUGAAGAUGCUGCCGCUUCCCCAGUACCUAGCAAAGUUCCUCCCUCUUUGUGUGCAUCACUGUGAAACCCCCACCCUUCUGCCUCGUGCUAAAUGCAGUGUCUAGUUGGGGGAAAAGACUGCUUUUAGGAGAUAGAAAAUGGUUUGAAUUACUUAAAGGAAUAAGGUGUUGCCUGGAAUUGCUGGUUUAUAAGUUGGUCAUUUUUCUUUUUUAAAAUAUUUGUAAUAUGGAAUGGGCUCAUUAAGGAGAGCUUGGAAAAUGCAGAAAGUUAUGAAAAAUAAGUCACAUAUGAUUAUGCUACCUAGUGAUAACCACUCCUAAUAUUUGAUUCAUUUUCUGCCUUUCUUCUUUCACAUAUGUGUUUUUUUACACAUGUACUUUUCUCCCCUUAGUUUCCUUUUAUUUUAUAGAGCAGAACCCUAGUCUUUUAAACAGUUUGGAGUGAAAUAUAUGCUAUAUCAGUUUUUACUUUCUCUAGGGAGAAAAAUUAAUUUACUAGAGAGGCAUGAAAUGAUUAUGAGAAGGGUGGUUAAGACUACUCAAGAGAAAUAUUUGGAAAAUAAGCUUUGGAUAUUUUCUAAGCUUUAUUUCAAAAGCACUUUUUGCUAUGUUCUUUAUAAAAAACAUGAUAAAAAUUGAAAUGAAAGAAUAAUUGUUAUUAUAAAAGUAACUAGCUUAGUUUUGUAUGGAUUCAGAAUAUACUAAAUUAACUUUUUAAAACAUAAAUUUUUAAAAAUAUAUCAAAAUAAUGUGUUCUGAUAUUUUUAAAAUAAAUGAGCUUGUGCUCUUCAACCUGUCCACAUCUUUAGAGAAUAAAAAUGUGUUAUGUUAUUAUGGGCUAUGCUAACAUAUGGGCUAUGUUAUUAUGGGCUAUGCUAACAUCAGAAUAUUUCUGGAUAUUUAAGAAUAGCUUUAUCUAUGACUACUGCUCAUUUCUGUGUAAUUCUGUUUAACAGUUGCUUUAAAGGUGAAUUCUGCCACCUUUACUUGAUAGCAAUAUAAGGAGUGAGAGAGACAUGAACCUGAAUUUCAAUUUAAAAUCAUGGAAGAGAGGGGAAAAAAACAGCUUAAGAAAAAUCAACUGAUAAAGGGCAAGAAAAAAAAAUGCAACUUACAUCACAAAGGCUAAUUGCUUUAUUGUUUAGAGAGUACUUAAAAAUUCAAAGACCAAACUUCUCUCCACCCCACAAAAAUGGGCAAAGGACAUACAGCUAGGUCACCAAGAAAGAAGGGCAAGUAGGUGGUGAAUAUAUGUAAAUAUACUUGACAGGACUUUUGCUUAGUUGGAUCUUUAGCAAAUCUCUUUUAUUUCUUGGGAUUUUGAAGAAGUAACUUUUAAAGGAAGACUAGAAACAACGUGAUUAGGAAUUGGUCUUUUUUGAAUCAAAAUUUCCCAUCACAAGAAAAAAAAAAUCCUGUGUUCUCUUUUUUUCCAAAAUGGAGUAGGUCAGUGAGCAAUGUGAUCAAUAAAUAUGCAAUACCUGUGACUUUUGUUUUGUUUUGGAGACAGGGUCUUGCUUUGUUACCCAGGCUGGAAUGCAGUGGUGCUAUCUAGGCUUACUGCAACCUCACCUGUAACUUUUUAAUUGCAAGAAAGCCAAAAGAUUUUUUUCUAUUACAUCAGUUAUAAUGAGAAAUACUGUAUAUGCUAACUAUGAGUAAAAUACUAUAUUGCCUAACUUGUAUUAUUAAGCAAUUCUGCUGACCUGAGACCUUACAUUUUCAUCUGAAAAGCAGGGACUGGACACCAAUUGCCCUCUGAAGUUAUUCCUAGUCCUAAUAUUCUUUGUUUUGCUUGCUUUUCUGGCACACUUAAGUGUGUAGUAUAAAGUUUAUGAUGCUUAAAUGAAAUUUUCUGUCUCUACCAUUAUAAUGAGAAGGGAAUAAAAUACUUUAUUUUGCAAAUCUA